CACAACACCAGUCUCGUCUCGAUCCGACGCGCUUCGAAACCACUACAACCUAGACGUCGCCACGAUGGGAGAGUCACGCUCUGAGCUGCUGGCUUGGCUCAACGAGCUGCUGGCCCUCAACUAUACCAAAGUAGAGCAGUGCGGGAGCGGCUACGCGUAUGCGCAGAUCAUCGACAGUAUUUACGGCAAUGUGCCGAUGAGCAAGCUGAACCCGGCUGCUAAGCAGGAGUAUGAGUUCAUCAACAAUUUCAAGGUGCUGCAGACUGCCUUCAAGAAGAACAAGAUUACAAAGCCCAUCCCCGUUGAGGCGCUCGUGCGAUGCAAGAUGCAGGACAAUCUGGAAUUCUUGCAGUGGAUCAAGAAGUUCUGGGACACCAACUACCCCGGAACGCCCUACGACCCCGAAGCCCGCCGCUCCGGAGCAGCGGCCGCCCCUCCUCCCCUCAUUGGCGCUGCAACCGUAGGGGCUGCCCGACCGGCAGCCGCAGCCGCAGCGCCUCGAGCAGCACCUAGAGCAGCACCUGCAGCCGCAGCGCCCGUGAGGAGACCGGUGGGAGGAGCAGGCGCGGGAGUGGCCAGGGCGUCGGGAGCUGCUUCGGCCGUUUCGAAUGAGACGAUCGCGGCGCUGACAGAGCAGAUGGACGAGAUGCGCGUGAGCGUUGAUACCUUGGAGAAGGAGAGGGACUUCUAUUUCUCAAAGCUGCGCGACAUCGAAGUCCUCAUUACGGAGCGUCUCACGGCUCACGAGUCGGGCGAGCCCCUCCCAGAGGAUGCGCUCACGGAGGAGGCGUUGCUGAAGCAGAUGCAGGCGAUCCUAUACAGCACGGAAGAGGGCUUCGAGCUGCCCGAGGGAGCAGAGGCGCCAGUCAACGAGGAGGAGACCUUCUAAUCGCUCAAUUCACUCUCAAGAUGUAACAGGGGCGCCAGUGAUUGCGGUAGAUUAUGCAAGUGCUACACCCGCUGAUCGCUCCAUCGCUGCUUGAUCUAGCUCGACGCGCUCUACGGCCUCGAGGACGCGUGUGCCCUCCACCCAGUCCUUUACUCGCACAAGCCAGACGUCACUGCGGCUCUUGGCCAGGAGGGCUUGGCGAUCGGUGUCGCUGGGUUUGGUCGCCAAGGGCGCCCUUGUCCGCAAUCUUGCCUCGAAAUCCUCGCACCCAUUAGCCAGAGACUCCCCGUAUCCCAAUCGCUGAAUCGUCUUGAUCACACCGCUUCCUUCGUUUGGCGCAACAACGAUGCCGACGCUCGCUGCGAGAAGGCAGGGUAGAUCGGUGUUGCUGUCCCCUGCAUAGACGAUCAUCGUCGCUUUGCCUGCCUCGUCAACCA